GUGGCCCCUGAGGAGAACGAGAGGGCAAGCGAGCGCGGCGCUCCCGGGCCGGCCCGGCCCCCUCCCCUCACCAUCGCCGGACCUCCGCCGCCUUCCUCCGCUUCCACCUUUUCUCCCCCCCCCCAAGUUGAGGCCCCCUCCGGGGGGGGGAGGCCCGGGACCGGGAACGAAUUUCCCUAACUCCCUCAACCCCUCCCCCCAUCUGGCCCGAGUGUGGGGAGAAGGCCCGGCCUGUGUCGUGUGUGAAGAGGACGUGGUCCGGCCCACGGGCCGUCUGGGGCCUGGUCCGGCCCGCCGGGUGUGUAAAGACAGGGGCCCGGUGCGGCCCGGUCCGCGGGCGCGCGGAGGGGGGGGGUGUGGGCCUGCCGGUGCGUGAGGACUGGGGCCCCGGCCGGCGCUGCAGCCGCCGCCGCCGCCGCGAUGGCCCAGCAGCAGAUGACCAGCUCUCAGAAGGCCCUGAUGCUGGAGCUGAAAUCCCUGCAGGAGGAACCGGUGGAGGGCUUCCGGAUCACCCUGGUGGAUGAGUCCGACCUCUACAACUGGGAGGUUGCCAUCUUCGGACCCCCCAACACCCUCUACGAAGGCGGCUACUUCAAGGCGCAUAUUAAGUUUCCUAUUGACUACCCAUAUUCACCACCUACCUUCAGAUUCUUGACCAAAAUGUGGCACCCCAACAUUUAUGAGAAUGGAGAUGUAUGCAUUUCAAUUCUUCAUCCACCUGUAGAUGACCCACAGAGUGGUGAACUGCCCUCCGAAAGGUGGAAUCCUACUCAGAAUGUCAGGACUAUCCUGUUAAGUGUAAUCUCAUUGCUUAAUGAGCCCAACACCUUCUCCCCAGCCAAUGUGGAUGCUUCGGUUAUGUUCAGGAAAUGGAGGGACAGUAAAGGAAAAGACAAAGAAUAUGCUGAAAUCAUUAGAAAACAGGUUUCAGCCACUAAAGCCGAAGCAGAAAAAGAUGGAGUAAAAGUCCCUACAACCCUGGCGGAAUACUGCAUCAAAACUAAAGUGCCUUCCAAUGACAACAGCUCAGAUUUGCUUUAUGACGACUUGUACGACGAUGACAUUGAUGAUGAAGAUGAGGAGGAAGAAGAUGCCGACUGUUAUGAUGAUGAUGAUUCUGGGAAUGAGGAGUCGUGACGUGUUCCUUCGAUGCCCCUGUACUGCCCUGCCGUCUCAGGCCAAAGGGAGGGGAGCAAGUAGGGACCUAGCAGUGGCCCCUCAGCAAAAACCUAUCACAGGGGGUGGGGAAAAACAAACACGGCUCCUGCUGACUCCCCUUAUGGAUCUCAGUUUGCUCCUUUUUAUGGACCUCUUAAUGGAGAGAAGGUAAUCCUCUACAGAAAUGUCCGAAUUCUUGCAUUCUUUACCCUUCCAUCACUGUAUUGAUUCUUUUUUUCUUUAAACACAAACCCCUGCCUCACUUCAUCUCUACAAAGUGUUCACAGCAAAACACGUUUGAUCUGUCUUUAGAUUCUUGAAGAAUAGUCUUUCAUCAAGACGUUAAUGUGUUUAAAGCUGAGAACCCAUUGGGAGUUCACAAGUGCUGCAUAUGCUGGGUAGCAAAAGAAAAUGGAAAAAAAAAAAAACAUAAAAAUCCCACAAAACAAACUUAAAAAAUUUUUGCCAAGGUUUAGCUGCUCCAUUUACAUUAGUGUGUGUGCAUUUGUUCAACCCCAUGGUGGUGAAUUUUGUUUCUUUCUUGUUCUUAAGUCUGGGGUACAGUGGGCGUCAGGGACUUUGUGCUAAGCCUGAUGAAAUGUGUUCCUAAGGGCACAGAGCCCCUUCAGCUUCCAGGAAAUCAUAAUAACAGAGGCCUCAGUUACUCUGAGGAGAGAAAUCAGAUUUUGUUUUUUGAAAUCGAUUGGGAUAUAAAGUCUGAAAUAAAUAUUCAUACUUUACAUAGAACUGAGCACUUGAUUGCUAUUUAUUUUAAAAGGCAGAAUUGUUCUCCCCCUCCCCCAAGGGAGUGGGGGAGAGAGUGGGGAUUAGUGUGUGUGGAGUCUUAGUGAUGGCAACAAAGAGCUAAAACUAACUUUGCCAAGUUUGGUUGAUGCUGCUGGGGGGGGCGGGGGGGAAGUCAAAACUACUGGUGAUCACUGUUGGGAGAGAAAACAUCUAUUUUAUAUAUUUAACAAGGCCUUUCCCGCUAUACUUUCACCAUGAGGAUUUUUUUUAAGUAGCCAGUUUUAAGUACUCAGUAUUAAUACUAGGUGCAUGUGUUAAGAUUUUGGUUUUCAUUGAGCUAGUGAUAACUGUGGAUUUAUAUGUGAGACAUGAGUGACCGGUUACCUUGCCUCAGUGGAUGUGACCUGGACUUUUUCUCUCCUUUCAAUGUGCUCUGGCUGUGGAGUUCAAGUAGAAGUUGUGCAUGGAGCUUGCCCUGGGCUUCUCUGAUUCUUCUGGCAGGGCCAAGGGAGUUGGCUGCAGGUAGUGUCUGGGCAACACUAGAUCUUCCUGCCAUGCAGUUGCUGCAGCUUUAAUUUCCCCAGUCUGAAUCAUGUGUUACUUCAAUCAAUACUAAGAUCCAUCCGCCUUCACCAACCAGAUACUUCAGAACUUGGCAGUGAUUUUUGUUUCUUAUGGGAGCAGGGCCAGUUCAUCGGAGGGCAGUGUUCUUUCAGUGGGGAAAAUCAUUAUGCAAAACCAUAGGUUUUAGAAGGAAAAUACAGCAAAGACUGACUACAAUCCUACUUCGUAUCCCUGCGCACUAGUGUCAACUCCUUUCUUCAGAUCUUAUAGCUCAGAAAGAGCAAAAGGUUUGAUGAGGGACAGGGUAGGAUGGAUCCUAGGACAGAGUAGGUGAUGCUUGCUUCCUUAGCUUCUCCUUCCUUUCUGAUCUCAGGGUUUUCAUUCACUCUUCAAACUCUCCAAACGUUUGCUGACUAAUUCCCAGUGACCCUCUCUGGCCUCUAUGAAAUUGGUCUGGUAUUGAGAACAUUUAACGUGCUAUGGUUCAUAUGGGAUGUUGUUUAGCCUGGUCCCAGAAUAUAUCCAAUCCCCAAGGGGCCAGGGCUACUUGUACCCCUGAAUCUAGUAACCCCAUAUUCAGAAAACAGAGCAGUUAUUUGUGUGACAUAACACUGACUGCACACUCUCAGAGAAGGAUGUCGGAACUAGCUUUUUACUCCCCACACUUCUUAAGUAAUGCUUCCAAAUAACUGGCAAUCUUCUGGAGCCCAGUCUCAUAAUGCUCUGAUAUCUCACCACCCCACCCUGUGACACACACACAGUUUACAGCCAGUACUUUGGUCUUACUCUAUUGGAGUCCUAAAAUUAAGAUUUUCUUUACCCUUACUGCUAAAGCAUUUCUCUCCCAGGGCAGGCCAGGCACCUUGGCAUUGUGGGAGGUGCUAUGCUGCUCAGCCCCGUCCCAUUAGGCCCUGUUGGCCUCUGUUGCACAUUGACUCAGGGAGCCAGAGAGCCAGGUGGUCAUACCUCUCAGCCCUUUUGGGUGUUACUAUUGAGGGCUGGGUUUGCCUCUGAUAAGAGUACAAUCAGUUCCAGAAAAGACUGCGGUGUGUUUAUUUGCCAACAGGUGGACAUUCAGUAAGUUCACACUAACCUGUAAAACCCAGAUACUGGUUCCAGAGCUCUGUCCUGAGAACACAAGGAAACUUGAGCAUGUAACUUUUUUAUUUUUAGGAGUGGAGAUCUCAGGCUCAGGCCAGAACCUUAAGAAUACAGUUGUGCUGAUCGUUUGGUCAAAAUCCUGCAUUUUAAGAUUCCUUUUGAUUCUAGUGGAGACCUCUCUGGGUGCUCUUCAGGUCUGUGUUUUUUUUGAGGCUGGGUGGAGAAAGUAUAUUAUCAUGAUUCCGUUGUUGCUUCUCAGAGUCUUCCCCUUUUUAUUUCAUAUCAUUCCAGAGUUCUUUUCUAUUAGCCAAACUUUUUUUUGUAGUCCCUUCUUUUCUCUUAAUAAUUAUUUGCUUCUUUAUUUGCUGGUUUCCUUAUUUUGGGGACAUAUAUACAGAGAUUGAAGGGGGAAAUGUGUAGUUCUCCACUGAAAAUUAACUCUCCACCCCUCCCAUCCUGAUAAAAAGUUUACAUUUACAAAAAGAUUCAGAUGCAAUUUUCAACUAUUCUGAAACCAGCAGGACACACCUGACUUUAAUAGUUUUCUUAGCUGAAAUUGUAGAUGUUUUUCUUCAGUUUAACUUAUGAGAAAAGAUUAUCUGAUGCAUUUUGUGUUGAACUUCCCCUUUAGUGGUUUAUUUUGUCUUUUUCUGCCCAUCUGUCUACUAAUAAAAUGUGAAAUAAAAUAUACCUGUAUUGCUACUUC